UCCGUGUGCCUUAAUCAGUUUUCUGUGUCGACCAUGCAAUCAGUGACUCGUAAUUGUGCCGGAGAAAUUUCGUAAACUAAAACAAAACUAGCAUUCAGUCUCUGCCAAACGGCUAACAUCGUCUGGUUAACUCGUGAUUUACAGCGCACCUAUCCACGUCAAGUAAGCGUGUGUAAACGGGGUCGUCAAAAUGAGUCUACAGUGGACCUUUGUUGCUGGAUUUCUUUACGCAGAAAUCAUCAUCGUAGUUCUUCUACUGCUGCCAUUCAUCUCACCGAAAAUAUGGUCAAAUCUGUUCAAAUCAAGGUUUCUGAAAAGCUUUGCCGCCCAAGCAAACCUUUGGUUCAUGGUGGCCAUAGCAAUUCUCGUCUUGUUCUUCGUUGAUUCGGUCCGCGAUGUGGUGAAAUACUCUGCUAUCCGAACACAUGACCAUGACCAUCAUCAUCACUCGCAUAUGGAUGUGGAAAUGCAGCAUUCCAUGAAGAUGUUCCGCUCCCAGAGGAACUUCUACAUUGCGGGAUUCUCUCUGUUUCUUGCACUUGUUAUUCGUCGGCUUGUAUCUUUGAUCACGAGCCAAGCCAAUCUGAUUGUUACAAAUGAAGUCCUAGUUAAGCAAGCGCAGAAUGCUGCCGCUGCUGCUCAAGCGGCCUUGGAAAGGCAGAACGCUGGUUCAACUAACAGUGAAAACGAUAUGAAGGAACUACGCAAGAAGCUAGAUGAGAAAGAGAAGGAUCUUGCCAAAGCCAUUAAAGACAAGGAAGCAAUGAAGGCCCAGGCCCUAAAUCUCCAGAAGCAAUAUGACGAGCUCUGUGAAGAGUUAAACGCAACCGGGAAGUCAGACCAGCACAAAAAAUCGGCGUAGAAUGACUAUCCGCAUUUUAUCAAUGACGCUAAAUCAAUAAUCGCAAAUACUAUCUAGAGGAUGAUUACUCCAAACAGAAAUAACGUACAUCAACGUGUCAUUCAGCAAUGAAAAAGAGAGGCAAUGAAUCGAUUCGGAAAAAAGGCGGUAAAUGAAAUUUGGCGUCAUUCAUAAAAAGUUCGAAUCUUCUUCCCGCCAGCAAUCAGUAUCUUGGCGACAGUUUGCGAGACGUUUUACAGGAGAAGGUUCCAACAGAAGCGGUGCGUUUCACACUGACAUUUUCCACCAAUAUCUACAAAAAGUGAUUGCACUCUGUUUUGGAUAACUUAAACUAAGCUACUCAAGAUUAAGCAAUGCACUGCAAACAAAAUGAGAAAGAAGUCAGAAAUGCUGGCAGUCCUAGCUAAUGCAUGUUUACUUGUUUAAAUUGUAUGUUUAAUUGCUCCGUCUACUCAAUUUAUACCUGGCAAGGAAAACUGUAUCCGACAUGAUACAGCGGGUAAUGCUGCAAUAAGUAUUUAUGAUGAAAAAAUAAAGUGUUGUCACGUUCUGUGUUUUUUUAAUAA